GUCUGGAUCCCUCGUACUGUAAACUCGUUUCUCAAGAGUUGAUAGAAACUUUGCGCUUCAAAUCCCCUGGUUCACUGCUGUCCGAAUAGGGCAAGGUGUGCCGUAUAAGGAAACGUUCAUGCUAGCAUGACCUGGCUGCAAAGCACAGAGCACAUGGAUUUUGCUUUCGGUAACUUUACUAAAAGGGAAAAGGUGGACCACUCGUGCAAAAAAUGAGAUGACAAGUUUAAAGUGUCAAACCAUUCGGUGUAAAUCUUCUGUGCUGCUAGGUUUAUACUGUCCAACUUUUGUACACGAAAGAAGAGGAAAAGAAGGAUGGCUGGGUGCGCGAAUGACCCGAUGGUUCAACUCAUUCACAAGCCAUCAUGCGAUUCAUGCCACCACAUUCCAGUGACUUGGUGACCAGGCCACCCAAGAUCUCGCUUUGGGCUCGAGACUGCUCGAGUUCCCCCAAGAGGACAGCAAAACGUGCAAAGUGGCAAAGAAGCAUCGCAGUGAUCAAACAACGUCCAAGACGUUCAAGGAUACCAACCACAACUCUCGAGCUCUACUAGUAGCUACCGGUAGCUACCAAAGCCACUCUGACGCCUCAUUAGCACAAUCAAGUAGAGAUCUCAAGCUACUGUACAUCUAGUAGCUAGAAACUUCGAAACCCGGCACAAUUUUACAGAAAUUAAGCAACCAUGAUCCGUGCCGCCAACAGGAAUAUAUCACUGGAGGCAAUCCCAUCAUCUGGAAAUGACGGAAAGCCCUCUUCCGUAGCCUUCACUGGAAAGACGAAACGGCUUGGUCUUUCCUUCCUUAGCCCUCUGAUAAUGGCAAUGAUUUUCCACUUCUUGCCGCUGGUCGUAGCAAACACAAACAUAAAAUGGAAAGAAAUCAACAAAUGCGAGAAUGCGAUGAUCCUGUCCGACGAAAAUGGAGAUUCUCGCAUGAAUCGUCAUACCGAGUACACCCGCUUCCUAAAUUUUCUCUCGGGAGACUCAUUUGCGAACAGUGACAACUUUGAAGAUCUCCCGAUUCUCCUCAGAAAGACCUACUUGCAGCACAUGGAGGCUGACACUGGCCAAAUCAACAUCGUGAUCCAGCGGGUGGAGGGAGAGGGGUCGAAUGGGGUCGAAAAAGUGCAAAGGGAAAUAAACCAAUUCUGUGACGCAGCAAUCAAAGCCAUUCAUGUUUCACGAGAGAAUAUCAUGACGACAACUUACACGGAAAUGCAGAAACGUUUGGACAAGGAAACACUACACACCAAGCAAUCUCACCUAGCCAGUCGGCGUCUGGAUACACCAACAGCGGCCAGUACACCGACAAGCCCAUCCAGUCCAACUAAUAUGACUCCUGUUACAACCCCAACCAACCCAACUUCUCCAGCAAAUGGUCCCUCUGCUCCGUCCGUGGCAGGACCAGUGGCAAGUUCCCCCAACGCUGGCUCACCCAGUGUCCAGUCUCCAAGUUCGGCUACACCCGGGCCGAACACCACACCCGGACCCAAUGCGAAUUCCCCAGUAGCCCAACAGGAGGGUCCCACAGCUCCAACCGUGGCAGGAGCAGGCUCUCCCAACGCUGGCUCACCCAGUGUCCAGUCUCCAAGUUCCGUCUCCAAGUUCCGGUACGCCGAAGGCCACCCCAGGACCCAACGCCAAUGCCCCUGUACCCCAACCGGGGUUCCCACAUCUCCGACUGUGGCAGGACCCGGUUCUCCCAAUGCUGCUCACCCACUGUCCAGUCUCCAAGUUCCGGUACGCCGAAGGCCACCCCAGGACCCAAUGCCAAUGUCCAACCGGGGGUUCCCACAUUCUCCGACUGUGGCAGGACCCGUCUCCCAAUGCUGGCUCCCCACUGUCAGUCUCCAAGUUCCGGUACGCCGAAGGCCACCCCAGGACCCAACGCCAAUCCCCUGUACCCCAACCGGGGUUCCCACAUCUCCACUGUGGCAGGACCCGGUUCCCCAAUGCUGGCUCACCCCUGUCCAGUCUCCAAGUUCCGGUACGCCGAAGGCCACCCCAGGACCCAACCCAAUGUCCAACCGGGGGUUCCCACAUCUCCGACUGUGGCAGGACCCGGUUCUCCCAAUGCUGGCUCACCCACUGUCCAGUCUCCAAGUUCCGGUACGCCGAAGGCCACCCCAGGACCCAACACCAAUGUCCAACCGGGGGUUCCCACCUCUCCCACUGUGGCAGGACCCGUUCUCCCAAUGCUGGCUCACCACUGUCCGUCUCCAAGUUCGGUACGCCGAAGCCACCCCAGGACCCAAUGCCAAUGUCCAACCGGGGGUUCCCACAUCUCCGACUGUGGCAGGACCCGGUUCUCCCAAUGCUGGCUCACCCACUGUCCAGUCUCCAAGUUCCGGUACGCCGAAGGCCACCCCAGGACCCAAUGCCAAUGUCCAACCGGGGGUUCCCACAUCUCCGACUGUGGCAGGACCCGGUUCUCCCAAUGCUGGCUCACCCACUGUCCAGUCUCCAAGUUCCGGUACGCCGAAGGCCACCCCAGGACCAACGCCAAGCCCUGUACCCCAACCGGGGGUUCCCACAUCUCCGACUGUGGCAGACCCGGUUCUCCCAAUGCUGCUCACCCACUGUCCAGUCUCCAAGUUCCGGACGCCGAAGGCCACCCCAGACCCAACGCCAAUGCCUGUCCCAACCGGGGGUUCCCACAUCUCCGACUGUGGCAGGACCCGGUUCUCCCAAUGCUGGCUCACCCACUGUCCAGCUCCAAGUUCCGGUACGCCGAAAGGCCACCCCAGGACCCAACCCAAUGUCCAACCGGGGUUUCCCACAUCUCCGACUGUGGCCAGGACCCGGUUCUCCCAAUGCUGGCUCACCAUCGUGCCCAGUCUCCAAGUUCCGGUACGCCGAAGCCACCCCGGACCCAACGCCAAUGCCCCUGUACCCCAACGGGGGUUCCCACAUCUCCACUGUGCAGGACCCGGUUCUCCCAAGCUGGCUCACCCAUGUCCAGUCUCCAAGUUCCGGUACCCCGAAGGCCACCCCGGACCCAACGCCAAUGUCCAACCGGGGGUUCCACAUCUCCGACUGUGGCAGCCCGGUUCUCCCAAUGCUGCUCACCCACGUCCAGUCUCCAAGUUCCGGUACGCCGAAGGCCACCCCAGGACCCAACGCAAUGCCCUUACCCAACCGGGGGUUCCACAUCUCCGACUGUGGCAGGACCCGGUUCUCCCAAUGCUGGCUCACCCACGUCCAGUCUCCAAGUUCCGGUACGCCAAGGCCACCCCGGACCCAAUGCCAAUGUACCAACCGGGGGUUCCACAUCUCCGACUGUGGCAGGACCCGUUCUCCCAAUGCUGGCUCACCCAUGUCCAGUCUCCAAGUUCCGGUACGCCGAAGGCCACCCCAGGACCCAACGCCAAUGUCCACCGGGGUUCCCCCAUCUCCGACUGUGGCAGGACCCGUUCUCCCAAUGCUGGCUCACCCACUGUAGUCUCCAAUUCCGGUACGCCGAAGCCACCCAGGACCCAACGCCAAAUGUACCCAACCGGGGUUCCACAUCUCCGACUGUGGCAGGACCCGGUUCUCCAAUGCUGGCUCACCCACUGUCCAGUCUCCAAGUUCGGUACGCCGAAGGCCACCCCAGGACCCAAGCCAAUGCCCCUGUACCCCAACGGGGGUUCCCACAUCUCCGACUGUGGCAGGACCCGUUCUCCCAAUGCUGGCUCACCCACUGUCCAGUCUCCAAGUUCCGGUACGCCGAAGGCCACCCCAGGACCCAACGCCAAUGUCCAACCGGGGGUUCCCACAUCUCCGACUGUGGCGGACCCGGUUCUCCCAAUGCUGGCUCACCCACUGUCCAUCUCCAAGUUCCGGUACGCCGAAAGGCCACCCCGGACCCAACACCAAUGUCCAACCGGGGGUUCCCACAUCUCCACUGUGGCAGGACCCGGUUCUCCCAAUGCUGGCUCACCCACUGUCCAGUCUCCAAGUUCCGGUACGCCGAAGGCCACCCCAGGACCCAACGCCAAUGACCCACUGUACCCCAACCGGGGGUUCCCACAUCUCCGACUGUGGCAGGACCCGGUUCUCCAAAUGCUGGCUCACCCACUGUCCAGUCUCCAAGUUCGGUACGCCGAAGGCCACCCCAGGACCCAAUGCCAAUGUCCAACCGGGGGUCCCACAUCUCCGACUGUGGCAGGACCCGGUUCUCCCAAUGCUGGCUCACCCCCUGUCCAGUCUCCAAGUUCGGUACGCCGAAGGCCACCCCGGACCCAACGCCAAUCCCCUGUACCCAACCGGGGUUCCCACAUCUCCGACUGUGCAGGACCCGGUUCUCCCAAUGCUGGCUCACCCACUGUCCAGUCUCCAAGUUCCGUCUCCAAGUUCGGUACGCCGAAGGCCACCCCAGGACCCAAUGCCAAUGUCCAACCGGGGUUCCCACAUCUCCACUGUGGCAGGACCCGGUUCUCCAAUGCUGGCUCACCCAUGUCCAGUCUCCAAGUUCCGGUACGCCGAAGGCCACCCCAGGACCCGAAUGCCAAUGUCCAACGGGGGUUCCCACUCUCCGACUGUGGCAGGACCCGGUCUCCCAAUGCUGGCUCACCCACUGUCCAGUCUCCAAGUUCCGGUACGCCGAAGGCCACCCCAGGACCCAAUCACAUGUCCAACCGGGGGUUCCCACUCUCCGACUGUGGCAGGACCCGGUUCUCCAAAUGCUGGCUCACCCACUGUCCAGUCUCCAAGUUCCGUCGCCGAAGCACCCCAGGACCCAAUGCCAAUGCCACCGGGGUUCCCACAUCUCCGACUGUGGCAGGACCCGUUCUCCCAACGCUGGCUCACCCACUGUCCAGUCUCCAAUUCCGGUACGCCGAAGGCACCCCAGGACCCAAGCAAUCCCGACCAGGGGGGUUCCCACAUCUCCGACUGUGGCAGGACCCGGUUCUCCCAAUGCUGGCUCACCCCACUGUCCAGUCUCCAAGUUCCGGUACGCCGAAGGCCAACCCAGGACCCAACGCCAAUGCCAUGUACCCCAACCGGGGGUUCCACAUCUCCGACUGUGGCAGGACCGGUUCUCCCAAUGCUGGCCUCACCCACGUCCAGUCUCCAAGUUCCGGUACGCCGAAGGCCACCCCGGACCCAACGCCAAUGCCCCGUACCCAACCGGGGGUUCCCACAUCUCCGACUGUGGCAAGACCCGGUUCUCCAAUGCUGGCUCACCCACUGUCCAGUCUCCAAGUUCGUACACGCCGAAACCCACCAGGACCCUCCAGAACCGCCGCCCCUAACCGGCCGGCUCCCGCACUCCGCCAGCGUACGGGCCGACAGUGUUCCACGCCCCGGCCCGCCACAGCCCUUACACCCACAAACCGGACGGUUCCCACUUCUCCGACUGUGGCAGGACCCGAUUCUCCCAAUGCUGGCUCACCCAGUGUCCAGUCUCCAAGUUCGGCUACACCCGGGCCGAACACCACACCCGGACCCAAUGCGAAUUGCCCCAGUACCCCAACCGGGGUUCCCACAUCUCCACUGUGGCAGGACACGGUUCCCCCAACUGCUGGCUCACCCAUGUCCAGUCUCCAAGUUCGGUACGCCGAAGGCCACCCCGGGACCCAAUCGCUCAAUUCGCCCACUACCCAAAGGGGGUUCCCACAGCCUCCCGACUCGUGGCAGGACCCGGUUCUCCAAAUGCUGGCUCACCCACUGAUCCAGUCUCCAAGUUCCGGUAUGCGCCGAAGGCCACCCCAGGACCCACCAAGUCCAACGGGGGUUCCCACAUCUCCGACUGGACCACCGACCACAAGCACGCCCACACAGGGAUCACCAAACAUGGAAACACCAACCACAGCCGGACCCACGGUUGAGGCGGGGAAUCCAAGUGGCAGCCCAACAACCUUGAGCCCCACCACUACGAAUCCACAGCUGGGGCCACCGACCACAAGUGUACCCACAACGGCAGUUCCAACUGUGGAGGCGGGAAAGCCCAGUGCUACUCCCACAACCCUGACCCCCAGCACUGCCAAUCCAACUAUUAAUAGGGGGAACCCAACCACAGGAAUGCCAUCCACAACUGGACCCACUGUCAAGGCGGGUAAUCCAAGUGCCAGCCCCACGACCUUGAGUCCCAGCAAUGCCAACCCCACUUCAGGCAAUAGAGAUAGCACAAUCACCCCUAUCACAACAACGCCAGCUUCCAAUGCACCUUCAACGCUGAAGCCAACAACUGCUGCACCGUCCACGUUAAGGCCCACCACUUUGGCCCCUUCAACAGCAGCGCCUACUGUUACUCUGGGAAGUCCAAGUGCUGCUCCAACAACACUUCAACCCACAACAACCCGACCAACUACUUUUGCACCCACCACAGCGCAACCAACUACAGCAAGACCCAGUACAGUGCAACCAACUACUGCAACUCCAACUACAGCACAACCAACAACUGCAACACCCAGCACUGUUGGGCCAACCACGGCAACACCAACUACUCUGCGUCCAACAACGUCGCAGCCAACUACUGCAACUCCAACAACGACCCAACCAACCACAGGGACACCUACAGUUAAGCCAGGAAGUCCAAGCUCAAGCCCCACAACCGCCACACCAACUACACUUGUACCGACCACUGCCAAGCCCACCACAGCAAGUCCCACAACCGCAAAGCCCACCACAGCAAGUCCCCACCGCAAAGCCCCACCACAGCAGCCCAUCAACGCAAAGCCCACCACAGCAAGCCCAUCAACUGCAAAGCCCACAGCCAGUCCAUCAACCAGCAAAGCCAACUACAGCAAGCCCAUCAACAACAAAACCUACCACGGCUUCCCCAUCAACAGCAAAGCCUACCACAGCUGCCCCGUCAACCGCAAAGCCUACCACAGCUGCCCCAUCAACGCUGAAGCCCAGCACCAUGGCUCCAACGACCGCAAAUCCCACAACAGCUACACCAAGUACAGGAAAGCCCACUGUGAAGCCUGGAAGUCCAAGUGCAAGUCCCACAACAGCAAGUCCAACAACUGUUGCACCCAGUACAACCAAGCCCACCACAGCAAGUCCAUCUACAGUCCAACCAACAACGGCAAACCCAACAACAAACACACCAACUAUCAACCCUGGAAGCCCAAGUGCACAACCAACUGCACCAAGAGGUGUAGGGGCCGUUCCAACUGUGAACCCAACCACGGCCGAGCCAACCACCUCCAACCCUACAGUCACUCCUGGAAAUCCAAGUGCAGUACCAACUACCUCUACUCCUUCCUCAAGUCCUGUGACAUCGCAGCCAACCACAGCUGUCCCAACUGUGAUUCCAGGAAACCCAAGUGCCAUACCAACUUCCGCCACUCCUUCAUUGAGCCCCACCACUGCUCAGCCAACCACAGCUGUCCCAACUGUGAUUCCAGGAAACCCAAGUGCCUUACCAACUUCCGCCACUCCCUUCAUUGA